GCCUGGCCCUCCCUCCCCAGGAGUGCGGGCGCCCGGGGGAGGCCCCGUCGUCGUCGCCGCCUGGGACCCUGGCCCAGCUACGCGGGUCGCUCGGGACGUGCGGCGGUGCGGAGUGAGGUUCCUGAAGGCUUCAAAGGAAACCUGAUAGGGGAGGCUCAAUGGCCCUGAGUGAAGAUGAGGCUGAGGCAGAAGUGUCUGUCAACACAAAGGUCCCAUCCUAUGGCAGGUGGAAGUCUGGGAAGCUGCUGCCCCCAGGGCUUGAACCAGAUCAGCCCCUACAUCUGGAUGUUGAAGGGGGGCCACUGUGGAGGGCUGAAGCUGACCCUGGCUGCAUCUCGGGAGUUUUCUUGUCACAGGUCCAUACUGCCAGCAAAGAACCAGUAGCAGAUAGGUCUAAGCCUCCCCUCAGUGGCCCACUUCCUUCUGCCAGUGUGGGCACUGGAGAGGUUUUACACUCUGUGGGCAGCCGAAUGGAGGAAGGCAGGCUUCCUGCCUCCCAGGACCUACUUCCAGCUCUUCAAGUCUUUGGAACUAUAACUGUUUGCUCAGGACAGGAGGCUGACAGUGAAGACUUCCAGGCCACACUUGAUCCAUCUCGGGUGUUGGGCCUCAGCCAGCAACCACACACCUCAGGUCUCCCUCUCCUGCCACAGUGGAAGUCCACGGUGAGCCCAGGUGCUCCUCGGCUCCCUGGCAGAAGCGUCUCUGCCUCCUCGGUGGGCAGCAGUCUCCAGGAUCACCAAGAGAAAGCAGAACCUCAGAGGAGCUCUUUUGCCAAUGUCUCCUCUCCCGAGUUGACUGUACCCCAGGCAACCCACUCUGUGGUGGGGGCAGGGCCUGAGCUCCAGGGGUCAGCACAGCCUGUGACCUCUGGCAGUGAUGCUACAGGCCUAGGUAAGAGACACCUCUCCUUUCAGGCAGAAUACUGGGCCUGUGUGCUGCCAAAUUCUCUGCCUCCUUCCCCUAACCGCCACUCCGCACUCUGGAACCCAAAUAAAGAGUAUGAAGAUCUGCUUGACUACACUUACCCACUGAGGCCUGGGCCUCAGCUCCCAAAGCAACCUGAAAGUCAUGUGCUGGCUGACCCUGUUAUGCAGGACUCGGGUGUAGAUCUGGACAGUUUAUCUGUGUCCCCAGCAAGUACUCUAAAGUCACCCACUAAUGUCUCCCACAAUUGCUCAUCAGCAGAAGUGCCUACUCUGCCAUUUUCUGGAGCCAAAGAGUCAUGUCUUAAUCGCUGGCCCUUGGGAAUAUUCCAGAAACAGGGUGGCACAAGCUUGUCAUCCUGGAACCAGCUUGCAUCGACCCCUAGAGCCCCAGGCACUGAAGAUGCUUCUUGGGAGAACAGAGAGGCAGCCCUGAGGGACACAGUGGAGGACUGCCUCCCUAUAGGUGAGGACCUCCGUAUGGGCUCUCCCCAGCUGAAGACGAAGGAGAAAGAGCCACCCUUUCCCAGACAGAAGAGAGGCAGGCAGCAUGUUGGCUGCCCGGCCUGUGUGACGCCUGGAUGGCCAUCAGAAGAGGAGGUGGGAAGUGACGAGGAGUACCUUGCUCUGCCCACCAGGCUCACUCAGGUCUCUAGUUUGGUGUCCUACUCAGGUGCCAGGCCCACCUUUGUGAACAUACCCACUGGGGCUGCUGAGGAACACAGUUCACUACAAGUCUCAGACAGUGACAAGCCAGCAUCCCCCACAAUGGACUCCAGCCACAGGCAGCAUCCUUCUGGUACUUCCUUCCAAGGGCCUGUGGGCCAGAACCCCUGCUUCAGGCAUUCUAUCCAGCCCCAGGACUCUAGAGGCCAAAGUGGUCUGCUGAGUAAACAGACCCUCGGCGUCUCUUCAAAACAACUGAAAGCUCACCCCGCCUCACAAGCUCUGACGGACAGGCGGCUGUUCUCCGAGCUAGUGGCUGGAGAGAAGCUUCCCAGGAAGACAGAUGAGCAGGAGAAAGCUUCUCUAGUGCAGUGUGUGCAGACAUUUUGCUGUCAGCUGGAAGAGCUGAUCUGCUGGUUGUAUAAUGUCACAGAUGUUGCUGACCUCAGUGCUCCACCCAGGACCAGCCUUACAGGUCUCAAGUCUUCUCUGCAGCUUUACAGGCAAUUUAAAAAAGAUGUAGACGAGCAUCAGUCCCUGACAGAGAGCGUCUUGGAGAAGGGAGAGAUUCUUCUUCAGUGCCUGUUGGAUAACACCCCAGUUUUAAAGGAUGUCCUUGGGAGGAUUGCGAAGCAGUCUGGUGAGCUGGAGAGCCGUGCAGAUCAUCUUUAUGACUCUAUCUUAGCGUCUUUGGACAUGUUGGCUGGCUGCACCCUCAUCCCUGACAACAAGCCAACAGCAGCACAACACCCACAUGAAGGGCUUUAACACCGCAGAGGUGGAGUCAGUCACUGGCGAGAUGGCAGCUGGGAAGAAGACUCAAGAACUCCUUGUAAGAGCCAUGGAAGUUAAUUAAGGAAGGGGAGGAAAUCAACUUGAACACACGUUAAGAUGCCUUUCUCGCCUCUGAAGGGUUCUUAGUCACUGCCCUCAUUUACUAUGAAUCCCUCCAAAACUAAGGCUGUUUCAUUUGGUGCUUCUCUACAAAAAUUAUGUGGCUUUAUAAUUAGUUGAUAAAAUACUAAGACUUGUGGGUCUCGUGUUUAAAAACCAGCAGAUAAAAUGUGUUGAGGCCAUUUACAGAAAGCUGCUGGAGAAAUAAGGUUCCACGUACUUAGGAUUCUCAGGCAUACAGGGGGGUGGGAUCUAAGAGAGAAAAUGUUAGUGGCCAAAACUGUAGAAUGAAAUGUUCGCCCUUAGUAAGUCGAGAGAACCUCUACAGCAUCCUAUGAGUUGCCACCUAUAGUGGUCACUCUCCACUUCAACCAUGUCAAGAAUGCUCAGGAGCUGGCCUGCCAUGCUUCUGAACUGCAUGCUUGUAAUCACCUCUGGGGAUCUCGGUCCACAGUUCCUCUUCCCCUGGGAAGACUCGUCAGAGGACUGGGACGGGUAGAGACAACCACAUGGUCUGAUCGUACAUAAAUUAAAGCAGCCAUUGGUGAUGAAAAGGGGGGAGUCUUUGUAGUUUGGGAGUGAACAGGAAGUUGUGCCUUGUCAGGAAGAAAAAAAUUCUAUGGACCUAUCAUAGGUCCAUAUGUUCAAAGCAUCAGUUACAGCUUUCCAAGCAAAGUGUUUGUAUGUUGGCUGCCACAAAUUCCACAAAGUAUCAAAGGUGGGCUUUUCAGGUUUAAAAAGAAAAUAGCUGUUUAGAUAAGCAUGUACAUGACUUUAAUCCUAGUACUUGAGAGUAGCUCUGUGAGUUUGAGGACAUUCUGGCAUGUUUAUUAAGAGUCCAGGCUAGCUAGGGCUUUAUAAAGAAGAAAAAAAAAAGAUUAGUUCUUCAGUAAGUAUGCAUAAAAUACAGUAUUUUUACAUGCCUGAUGCUACACAGCAUGAUUUACCAUAAUGCUUAUGGGUAUGAUCCAAAUUAAAGAGUUUUGUUGUUAACUGGUUUGUUUUGGGGUUUUUGAGACAAGGUUUCUCUGUGUAACAGAACCCUGGCUGUCCCGGGACUCCCUCUGUAGACUAGGCUGGCCUCAAACUCAAGAGAGAUCCUGUGCCUCCCCAAGUGUUGGGAUUAAAGUCAUGCACCAGCUCACAUUAGUUUUAUUCUACCAUCUCUAAGUUAAACUUAUUUCUUAUACUGUACAUGGUACAUAAAGUGCUUUCAAGAGGCUAAAACAAAACCUUUCUAGCAAAUAAUUAAGUUAAAUGUAAAAUAUCCUAUAAAACCUAGAAUUGGUCAAAAGUUCAUCUUACCUCUUUGAUGUGGCUUUAAACUACCUUCCCACCAAUAUAUUAGAGGAGCCCUCAGGUAUUAAAACCAUUUGUCAAACAUGAAAAUCAGAGGAGACUCAUAGAGCUAGCCAGCUGCACCAACUGAAUGCAAAACGGGGCACUCCUCUUCUUUUGCUGUAUAAUUACAAUUGAUUCAACUGACAGUGAACAUGGUUUCCCAACAGCAGAAUACUGGCCUGAACGUGCUCUAUGCUUUUGCUCAUCCUCUUUGUAACAAGAAGACAGACUUUGUAACUAAAGGGUGUAACUCUGACCUUGGCUGUGAAUGCCACUUAGGACUAUCAAUACAACUGUUAAUUAUAUCUUCUAGUGUGUGUUAUGUUUGAGCUAAAAUUGUCUCAGCCUUGGGUGUCACUGCCAUUUUCAUCUGUAAAUGUGGCCAGGCUAGACUCAAAUAGCCUUUUUAGAGUUUAUAAAUGGCCCUUACCUUAAAGUUCAGAGUGCACAGUAAAGUAGCAUCUUGAGACAGGGUUCUUACAGGUCUACAGCAAAGCUCUAGCACAAAACGAGAAUUCAAACAGUUUUGAAACUUAAGAUGGAACCCAGAAGAGACAUCGUGGUACAAGAUGUGGCCCAAUAUAAGCCUGAGGGCACUGUCCACGUGAGCACUGGACUUAGGGGAGCCGUGGCCAACAGAGAGAGAGUGCUUUUCAUUAUGCACGUUUCUCUGUGGCAGUCAUUUUAAAAUAUAUCAAGGAACAGUUUUCUAUUAUGUGAACAUAUUAGAGCCCCCAAGAGUCUUGAAAUAUUUAUACUUGAAAAAUGGGUCAUUUCCCACUCUAAAACAGCAAUUAUCAGCACAUACAUAAAAGCAAAUAGGGAAGCAUGCUGAAAUAGUCUGGUAAGCCCUAAUCUUGCUGCCAGUGGGGAAAGAGCACUAGAAUUUUAGUCUGUAAAUAUGUUUAUAUUAAAAAUAAAUUCAUGUAAUGUUUUCUGCUAACAGAAUAAACUGAUAGUUUGAACAACUUU